GCGGGCGCUGCGGGAGCACCGACCCUCGGGGAGCAGCGCGGCUGGAGCGGGACGGGGCACGACGCGGCACGCCGGGACAGCACGGGACGGGAUAGUCCUGCUCAGGGGCUGAUUUUACCUGAAGAUCUUGGUGUUGCCUGUGGAAGGAAGGAUGGGCACGCGGCAGUCGUCAGCCUACAGUGCACUGCAGUGGACUGAAAAGCACUGACUGGAAAACGACAGUGGGAUUGAUUUUCCCCUCCUUGGUCAGGAUGAAAGACCGGCUAAACGAGCUGCGUGAAUUUGCCAGGUUACACAACCAACAUUUUUCUGAUGGGGAGGAUGAUGAAAAUUCACCCCACGGUGUUCUCCUUUAUGAGACUGAUUAUGCCUUAGAAAUUCUUCAUAAAGACAUAGAGAACAUCCGGACAGAAAAUGACCACCUAAAAGAAGAUGUCAGACGUCUCAGAAAGCAAAAUAACCGCUUCCUGACUUCCAUGCGCCGUAUUAGUAGCAUCAAACGAGAUACUAAUUGUAUUGCCAGAGACAUCAAGGCCCGUGGAGAAAACAUCCACCGCAAACUCCAGAUAAUGAGAGAUUUCAGCGAAGAUGCCGUAACGAAAUUCGGGGCUAUGUCUGUCAUUGCCAGGGUGGCAAAGAACCACUAUGUUGACCUCAUGCAUGCAUUUCAGGAAGCUAUGUUUGAAUAUAAUGCGACAGAGAUGAACCAACGGGAGAACUGCAAGAUUCGAAUUCAGCGGCAGCUAGAGAUCAUGGGCAAAGAUGUCUCUGGCAACCAGAUUGAGGAGAUGAUUGAGCAAGGCAAGUGGGAUGUCUUCUCUGAGAAUCUCUUGUCAGAUGUUAAGGGGGCUCGCGCGGCCUUGAAUGAGCUAGAGACACGUCAUAAGGAGCUUGUGAAGUUAGAAGGUCGCAUUAAGGAAGUUCACGAGCUCUUUCUGCAGGUUGCCCUGCUAGUGGAGGAACAGGCAGACACCUUUGAUGUCAUUGAGAUAAAUAUGCAAAAUGUUGAGGACUAUGUAGGAGACGCUAAAGACCAAGUGAAAAAAGCUUUGGAAUACAGAAGAAAACAUCCCCUCAGAACAAUCCUCUGCUGCUGCAUAUCCUGUUGCAGAAGGUGACUAUUUCACUGAAGCUAUCACAGAAUGACUUGAAUGUCUUCAAAAUCAGACAUUUUUCCCACUCACUUUUCCAUAAUGAAAACCCCUAGAGAUGAGGGGGGGGGGGUGUUUUUGUUCAUUGCCUUUUUGCAGUUGUUUUCCUCCAUUGUUUUUUACUUAAAUGUGCUAAAGGCUGUUCUAUUUGAGAGCUCCUAGCAAUGUUGAUAAAACUAUUUUUUAAUCUAUUUGUAAUUGAACUGUACUCUCUUACUGUAACUAGAUGUGCAAGAAGAUAUCUGCAGUGGUACUUAUUUCAGGUAGGCAAGAACGGGGAAUGAGUGAUGGGCUGGUAACGCAGCCCAGGGAAGAUGAGACAUUUCAAGAAGUAACUUUAUUGUUAUUAGUCAAAGUGAGUCUGCAGGCAGUGCAGCCUUACUGCUUGGGGCAGCAUAAUACACCAGAGAGUCAGGAGGUUUCAAUUUAACUAGUUUUCAGCUUGCAAAUACUGGAACAGAUGCUUGCUCUGUUCAUUACACAAAAUACCGAGCCUAUUAGCAGAAGCACGACACAGAACUGGUUUCUGUUUCAACGUGAUUUCAAUCUGUCAUGAAUCUUAACAGAAGUAACUGCACUGAAAAUGGUAAUACACACCUUUCGCACCAUUUCUGCGCAAAUGAUUGCUUUUCUAACCGUUUUGAGUACCUGCAACUUUGUCAGGGUGGCUAGAAGCGCUGCAACACUGUGGCAUUUCACUUGGGCUGCUGUCUGUACUCUCAAUUUCAAAACUGCCAUGCUUUUAUGCUUCUAAUACAUCUUUUUUUUUCUGCCAGUACCUUAAGUUAGAAGAGAUGCAUGUGGUAGCCUUCUGCAGAAGCACCCAUAAAGAACAGUUGCAGGGGUCAAGAAAGCAUUUUAGGGUCUCCUGUGCUAGAACACACACACAAGCAGUUUUAGUGGAUUAUCAUAGAAUCAUAGAAUGGUAGGGGUUGGAAGGGACCUUUCGAGAUCAUCUAGUCCAACCCCCCUGCAGAAGCAGGUUCACGUAGAUCAGGUGGCAUAGGAACAUGUCCAGGCGGGUCUUGAAGACCUCCAAGGAAGGAGACUCCACAACCCCUCUGGGCAGCCUGUGCCAGGACUCUCUCACCCUCACAGUGAAAUAGUUUUUUCUUAUAUUUAACUGGAACAUUUUGUGUUCCAGCUUCAUCCCAUUAUCCUGUCAAUAGGCCUUUUUUUUUAAUAAGCAUUGACUGAAUAUGGAUUUUUAAUAUCUAUUUUAAAUAACAUGAAGGAUUAAAUAUUAAUAACAUGCAAUUUUAACAGUGUACAGAAACAAUAACUUUCCUCCCAUUAUUAGGAAAUCUCCACCUGAGAAAGAAAGGUGGAUUACACCUUCAGUACACCUGAAGAGGAGUGAAAACAUCAUUUUCAUGUAAUUUCACUGCUCAUUUCAAGCUUAAAAACAGUCUCCCCUUUUGUAUCAGGGAAGUCUACUCACAGUAAGUUUGGAAUAUGAGGAUGGAAUAGAAAAUUUGCAGCCCUGGAAACCACUGAGCAUUGUCAGUGAGGCAUGAAUUCAUAAGGUCUGUGAUCUUCUGCUAUCCCUUUGAAUUAAUGCAGGACAUUUUUUCAGAAGUAAUAGACCUUUUUUAAAAACAAUCUGAUCCUAUUUGUAGCUGUUUUAAUAAAUAUAUCUAAGCAUUUCAAAUAUUUUGCAUUUGGGAGUUUUCCUUGGGAGAUGUGCAUAGGCAUCUUCCCACACCAAUCAUAAUUUUUCCCUUCUGAUCUUUUGCACUCUAAUUUAAUAUGUGAAAAAGCACCCACACAUUUCUUAUAUUUAUAUUGCAAUAACAAAACAGCAAAAUAAAUUCAACUUCCAAGCUUUCAUAUCUUGAUGGGAAAUGCUUCUUAGCCAGAUGGGCUUGGGUUUUUUUUGCACAAAGAGAAGCUAAAUGGGAUAACACUUCUCUGAAAGUGAAAGUCCUUUUUUUUACUGAAACACCUGUCUGUGAUAACAUGGAAUAGUGAGGAACACUGAUCUUCUAAACUAGAAGAUAUUGUGAUAUUCAGUGAUGUCCUGAUGAUAUCAGUAUUACACUUGCCUGAGGACCUCUCCGACGACUGAAUGUUUAAACUUGAAGUGUGAGAAAGGAGGGUGUCAAGCUGGCACCAUUACCAGUAGCUUUGGUGUUACUGAGGAAAAGGUCAUUUACUUCCUAGGUACUGCCAUUCAAGGCAAUGGAACUGUGCGUUUGUAGAGGAAUACCCUACACCUCCAAGGGUCAGCGUGUGGGUGUAACUCAGUGAAGAACAGUAUACGUAUUUCAUUUUGUCUGCAUAUUCUUAACACUCACCAGUGCUUUUAAUAAAAAUGUGUAUGUGAGUUGUAUUUUUUUUUUGUUGGUUUAUUUUUUGCACAAAUGUAUGUCUAGAAACAGAAUAAAAGAUUUCAUAAGAAAA